GUCAGCCGGUAACGUUCACGGGUGGUGUUUGUGUUGGCCGUCACCGCGCUCCCAAACUACUUUUACGUGACCGUUUGAAACCGGUUUGAAAGUGCUCUGAGGUGUGGCAGUGCCGCGUUCAGCCGUAGAAUACUGUUUUCAAAGUUCAAAAUUAAACUUUGUGUAACAAAAAGUGCUUGUGAGUCAUUGCCGGGAGGAACUCGUCAUUAUCAGGCCCCAGCGUGAAGCCAGUUCGAAACUCGUUUAAGGAUUUCAAAAAAAGAACGCUCGUCUAGUAAUGCGAGUGGGGUUAUCUGUGUAAAGUACGUAAGCAAGAUGGCCGCGUUUCCCGCGCUUUUUGGACUGCUCUUCGCGUCGCUUGUGACAGCUCAAACCGUAGAUAUCACCCCCCGGGAGGCUGUGAGAAGGGUGGGAGAUGAUCUCACUGUGCUGUGUAAAGUGCCAUACCCAAUCGACUCCUGUCGAAUGACAGUGGGCACCACAUCAUACAGACUGAUACCCACUAAUCAAGAUGAGGAAGUGGUGUACGCUGGGCAGGGUUUGAAGUUCGGCGAAUGCGGAGCGCACAUAAAGCACAUAAAAGAAGAGUGGAAUGGUAACAUAUCCUGUUUGCUACCACCGCAGAGCGGUAGCAUCGAAGUCACGGCCACUAUGAGGCUGGUGGUUGCGAAGCCCCCCGGCAACCCCCAGUUGAUUUCACCCCCGCAGUCCAACUUCAAAGAGGGGGACAUUCUCAUGGCCCAGUGCAUUGUCCCCAAUGGCAGGCCCGCUGCUAAGAUCACGUGGUUUUUGGACGACAUUCAAAUAUUGACCGGAGUGCACGCGCCGAUAAUUUCAUCAGAACCGGGCCUGGACCUGGAGACCAUCAGUCAGAACAUCACCAUGAACAUAGGUGCGGAUGACCAUGGCAAGAGGCUGAUGUGCAGAGCUGAGCACGAGGCGCUGGAUAGCCCGAGAGAAGCCGCGAGGCAGCUGGUUGUGUACUACCCGCCCAAGCGGACGGAGCCGGGUCCGCUGACUAUAUUCGGCCUCAAGAUCGGCGCCGAGGGCCGGCUGAACGUGACCGUGCGGUCGAACCCGCCGCCUGCGGCGCAGUGGACCGUUGGCGAGCUGGUGCUCGACGCGCCGCAGCGGAACGACGACGCGUCCGUCGCGGCGCUCGAGCCGGUGCAUCUGGGUAGUGGUUUCUACAACAUAACACUGGUACUGAGCAAAGUGGCCAAAGAAGACGUCGAUAGAACUUAUUACCUGCGAGUUAACAAUGACCUUGGGAGAGAAGAGUUUUCCCUGCGCCUGAGCACCAUGGAUGAACCCGCAGGUGUCGAAUUGGGAACUGGCGCGAUCGUGGGUAUCGUUAUCGCCGUCCUGCUCUUGCUUAUCGCCGUCUCGCUCGUCGUGUUCGCGAAAGCGACCGAUAGAUGGUGUUUUGCAGCGAGGAGUCGUGAACACGGAAAGAGUUCUGGAGAAUCGGCGGCGGCUGGUGUAGUGCUUAUAGAGGCUGGGGACACGAUCCCGCGACCUAGCGACACAGAGAGCGCGGUGGGCCGCGAGCGCUCGCGCCUCAGCGCGCUCGGCGCCCGCGUGCGCGCCGCCUUGCCGCUCGGCAGAGACCGUGUGCAGGCCACUCCCGCGCCUGAUACUGAAACUCCAGCAGAAGAAGAGAAGAAAGGAGUGGUCUACGCGGAGCUAGCUCUCGGCGAUCAAACCGCGGAGAAGCCGCCUCCACCAUCCACAGAGUACGCAGAAAUAGUUUAUACCGACCAACCAGCACAGAUAAAAGAGGAUAAAGAAUAAUUUAUCAUCUGUACUUUAUGGUGCGUCUACACCGUUCUUACUCUAUGCAUAAACAAAGAAAUCUGAUAUUUUGCACGGAAUUUACGAUUUUUAACGGUUUUCGACGCACCGUAAUUAAAUUUAUGACAAUUGAACCACCGGUUUGUUAAGAUUGACGAUUCGAAUUGGGAAAUUAUCGACUAAAAUUAAAUUACAAAUUUUCGCAUACCUUUUAUAGAGAUACGUUUGAAACAAUGUAGUUAAGGAAAGCAUGAAAAUCUUAUAUGUUUAGGUAAGUUUUCGUAAUCUCAUAUUUUUAACAAUUACCAUUAUCAUAAGAAAGAAAAUAUAAUUUUAAUCGUAUUUUUAGAUUUAAGAAAUUUAGCCUUUUAAUACAAAUGUUUAUUAAAUGAUAUUAUAUGAUGAUAUAUUAUGCUUUCGUGUUCGUUAAAGAUCCUAAUUAUUAUAAUUUAAGCCAUAAUUACAUAGUAUACAAGAACGAAAAUCUCUUUGUAUUAGUUAUUUCAUAAGUGUAUUUUAAUGUCUCAGUUUAUCUAACUUUACAUAAUCAAUGUUUAAUCAUUUUAACGAACGUACGUCCGCUCUGAUUAAAGACUUGCGUCAUAAUGACGCGCUAUCCCAUAUAAAUACAUUUCUUCAAAAUCUACCCUCAUUUUAAAGUAAAAGUUUGAUGACAAGGCCGCAGUUGUUCAAUUAUUAAUAUUAUUUAUAACUUUGUUUACUCAGACCUGAGGAAUAAAGACAUUUUUUUAGAUAUUGUAAGAGAAUAACAGGGUUCCGUAGAGAUUUCAUUCCACUGUUUUUGAUGAGGUACAAAUAUAUUUAAAACAGUUUAUUAAUGAUUUGAUUUCCGUCCGUUAUUUUAAGAUUUAUUUGUUUUUGGUUGCGUGGUGCUUCGCUGUUUCUAUGUACCUUUUAUGAAGUAUUAUUUUUAAUUACUUGCGAUUAUAAAUAAGGAUGAUGCAUAUUUCUGUAUAAAAAUCUACUUUUUAUUAAUAUAUUAAUGAGAAAUUAAAUAAUGAAUUGAAAUAUUAAAAAUUAUUUACUAUGUUUAAAUGAAAUGAAAGUAAGUUUAUGAGAAAAAUGCAUUAACUUAAGUGUUUCUAAUAGCAUGGUAUUUUAUAUUUUAAUAAUAAAUCGAUAAUAUACAGCUCUA